UGUGAAAUUUCUGUGCAUGCUCGCCGUGUAGCACCAUUUCAUUUGAAGAUUUGUUAGCCGCUUUGGGAUGUUUUCAGUCUCAGCUGUGACCCAAAAGAUCCCCAGCCUGCGCUAAAAGACAGCCAUGGCAGCAUCUUCCGAUGAUCCGGGCCCCGGGGGCGAGAAGCGAUUCGAAAUCAAGAAGUGGAGUGCAGUAGCACUAUGGGCCUGGGAUAUUGUUGUGGACAACUGUGCCAUUUGUCGUAACCACAUCAUGGACCUUUGCAUCGAGUGUCAGGCAAAUCAAGGAUCUCAUACCAGCGAGGAGUGCACUGUGGCAUGGGGAGUGUGCAACCAUGCCUUCCACUUUCAUUGCAUCUCAAGGCACGAGUUGGAGUUUGAGUCUGCUCUGAGAUGCAGGGAGGGGAGGAUGUUUUAUAUAAAUUUAUAUAACUCCUUUGAACAUACAGUUUUUAAAACAAUUUUGAGAAAAAGGAGCACAGUCAAAGAGAUUCUGGUGUCCUGAGGUGGCUGAAGACUCGACAGGUAUGCCCGUUGGACAACGGAGAGUGGGAAUUCCAGAAGUAUGGCAGGUGAAGAGCUCACCGAGCAGCUCAACAGAGCCAGUCCUAGCCGCAACUAGGCUAGGCCAUGCUAUGCCGGCUAUGCUAGGCCCUCGGGCAAGAACAGGCCCGAUAGAAUGCACUAAGCCACUAAGCGAUGGAAAA